AUGAAGAGAAAAUAUGGUAAAUGCUCUGGGUGCAAUAAAAACAAGUCCCUUAAAUAUGGGAACGCUAAAUCGUGUGCUGGUUGUUAUUAUGCACAAUUUCAGUCUGUUAAUAGCGGGAAUUCAGAUAUUGAUAAUCUAAUUAAAGCAACACAGAGAAACAAUAUUCAAUUUAGAUUAGAAUGGAUCCCAUAUGAAGAUUUUGUGAAUGUCCAGGAGGUUGCAGAGGGCGGAUUUAGUAUGAUAUUUACCGCUAAAUGGAGAAAAGGAAGAGUGAAGG